CACGGGAAAAGCAAUGACAAGCGAAGGCGCAGGGCUUGGUGGCAGGGCGAUGGCGGCGGCCCCACUAUCUUUUCAUGAAGACGUGCAUCGUGAGAUUGUGUACGCUCCCAGAUUCACUCUUCCGUCACCAGUUGUGCUGAACACGUGGCCGUUUACUGCUGCGACGAACCAUGCCUUCGAUGUCCUCCGUACACCAGGCCAGUCUGUGCUGGACGCUGUGGAAGCAGGGUGCAACAUUUGCGAGGUGCAUGGCGUCUUCUCUUGAUCAUCCAUCGUUUCCUCCAUGAUUGAGGUCGUUUGCAGGUCCAGCAAUGUGACUUUACAGUCGGAUACGGUGGUAGCCCCGACACUUCGGGGGAGACCACUUUGGACGCCAUGAUUAUGGACGGCCACGACCAGUCCAUGGGGUCUGUCGUGUACCUCCGUCGCGUCAAAGACGCCAUUCGGGUUGCAAGGAAGGUCAUGCAUCAUUCAUCGCACUCGGUGUUGGCGGGUGACGGCGCGUUGGCAUUCGCAAAGAUGAUGGGCUUCCACGAAGAAUCGCUGACCACGCCGUAUUCGACCCAGUUGUACCUUCAGUGGAAAGAAAACCAAUGCCAACCGAACUACUUCAAAAACGUACGUGGCCAAGCUUCGUCGUGUCCGCCGUACGAUCCUCUUCCUCCGCACACAGUCACGACCAAUAUGGACCCCAGACAAGCAAUCAACCAGCACAACCACGACACGAUCGGCAUGAUUGCCCUCGACACCCAUGGGCGCAUGGCUGCCGGUACCAGCUCCAACGGGGCCAGCCACAAGAUCAUGGGACGAGUGGGGGACGCGCCAUUACCAGGGGCGGGGUGUUACGUCGACAACGACAAAGGCGCGGCGGCGGCUACCGGCGACGGCGACGUCAUGAUGCGGUUCCUGCCGUCCUACCAAGCAGUUCAAGACAUGGGAGCUGGCAUGCAUCCCAAGGCGGCAUGUGAGAAGGCGCUGCGACGGAUUGCGGACAAGGUGCCGUCGUUCAAAGGAGGCAUGGUGUGCCUCAACGCGCAAGGGGUGUAUGGCGGGGCGGGGCACGGCUGGGGGUUCUCGUACUCGGUGCGCACGGCGGACAUGGCCGAGGCGGCGGUGGUGCAAGUGCCGCCGAUGAUUGUACAUGCUUAAGUAGUCGAAACGGGGGGCGUGUUGCAAGUUAAUCUAAGUCGAAACUACAAAAAGUACGGCACGGCCGAGCGAUGCGACGCGUGCUCCGACGACUCGGGGACUUCACGAAACAGUUUGAACUCGCGGUUCAAGUGCUCGUCAAAGGCGAGGAUGGCGGCGACGUUGCCGACGCGGUAGCAGUAGUUUGGUGCAGACCACACUGUCACGAGGUUCUUGUCUGGAAACAUGUAGCUGUACCCUUCUUGGACCAGUUGAUGGGCGCGGCAGAUGAGAUCAAGGCCGUUGAGGUGGUUGAACUAGACACAUUUGACGUUAUCCAGUGACGUUAGCACGUCCAACGUCAACGUGACCGUAUCCACCUCUUGAGUGACUUUCCACCCAAACAAAAAGCCCGCGCCACGAGGACUCAUCGCCCACGCUUCAAUAUCUUCUGGGUCGGACCACAUCAAGUCGGAAAACGCGCCUUCAUGCGGGAUUUCUGUUUGACGCUCGAUUGUGCGGACCUAUUCCAGCACCAUGAUGCACGUUGGGAUCGAAGGGGAUGGUCAUGUAGACGGCAUAUACUUGGUCCAACGUUCGGAUCUC